AUGCAGCACUCCCAACAGCACCCGCUUCACCAACAGAACUUUCAGGCCCUCGCAAGCGCUUUCAUGGAGCAGCUGCAGCAGCAACAUCAUCCCCUCGCUCAUCCACUCGCUGUUGGGUAUGCGCCGCCAGCACACUCAAUCAUCCCUUCGGCGCCGCUGCACCCUCCAGUUCCGGUGCUGGUCCACUCAGCCAUCGCCAACAGCGACAUUAUGCGCGAAUUGAGCGUUUUGUUGCCCUCGUAUGUCAUCCGCACGAGUACCGCAUUGGCUCCAAACGUCGUCGUCUUUCCGCUCUCCGGAGCCGCGUUCUUGCUCAUGAGCAACCCUUCCAUGCCGUUGAAUGCGGCUUCCGUCGUUGAGUUUGCUGACAAGUUCAAGUCGCCCUACAUUCUCGUCUCUGUGGCACAUCAUGACAAGAGCUGUUUAGGACGCAUCGAGGACGUCCAGGCCAUAUUGGGCAUGAGAGGCGCAUCCGUGGUUCCUGUGCGAACCCCGGCAGCCAUUGCAAAGUUCAUGCACACCACCGCUACAAUGCUCAAGCAGCCAGCAUGCGGUGUUGUUGCCCAACGGUUCCAAGAGUACCGAGCGUUGCAAUUCGCGCAGGUUGCACAAAUCGCCUGGGAUGUGCUCAAGACCAUUGGUUUGUCGCAUCAUGAUAUCGGUUUUUGUCUCGUCCUGCAGCAGGGCCUGGGUUCUGUGGCAAAUGUUGCGCAAGCCUCCAUCGACCAACUGCUGGACUGUAGCCUCAGCUUGGACGCCGCUCAAUGUGUCGUCAACUUUUUCACGCAGCCAAACUGA